GACACAAGCAUAUAUAGAGUGCAAAGUCUUUCAAGUCUAAAAGCAAAGGAUGAUUUCUUGGAACCUCCAGAAAUUUAAAACCAUGAGAUAUCUGUUACUGCUACUGUUGUGUGUUUUCUCAGUUAAGUCCCAAGGAGGUGAUGACUACGAUGAUGAGGUGCUCCCGGGUGCCCGUGGUCAUCGACCCCUUGACAAGAAGAAGGAAGAGGCUCCUAGCCUGAGACCUGUCCCACCUCCCAUCAGCGGAGGUGGCUACCGGGCCCGUCCAGCCAAAGCACACGCGAGCCAAACUAAAGUGGAGAGAAAAGCACCCGAUGCUGGAGGCUGUCUGCAUGCUGACCCAGACCUGGGAGUCUUGUGUCCUACAGGGUGCCAGUUACAAGCGACUUUGCUGAGUCAGGAAAAACCAAUCAAAAACAGUAUCGCUGAGUUAAACAACAACGUGGAGGAUGUGUCCCAGACCUCCUUCACCAACUAUCAGUACGUGACUCUGCUAAAAGACAUGUGGAAGAAGAGGCAGGAGCAAAUGAAAAAUAAUGCAAAUGCCGUCAAUCAAUAUACCUCAGAACUAGAAAACCACCGACUAUACAUAGAGGAGACUGUGAACACUAACAUACCAACUAACCUUCGCGUGCUCCGCUCAAUCCUGGAAAACCUGAGAAGCAAAAUACAGAAGCUGGAAUCUGACGUUGCGGCUCAGACGGAGUACUGCCGCACGCCAUGCACUGUCAGCUGCAACAUUCCUGUGGUGUCCGGGAAAGAAUGUGAGGAAAUUAUUAGGAAGGGAGGCGAAACGUCGGAAAUGUACCUCAUCCAGCCCAACAGUGACGUCAAACCAUAUAGAGUGUACUGUGACAUGACCACGGAGAAUGGAGGCUGGACAAUAAUUCAAAACCGCCAAGAUGGCAGCGUUGACUUUGGCAGGAAAUGGCACCCCUACAAACAAGGAUUUGGAAACAUCGCAACCAGUGCAGAAGGGAAAAAAUAUUGUGGCCUACCAGGUGAGUAUUGGCUUGGAAAUGAUAAGAUCAGCCAGAUUACCAGGAUGGGACCCACGGAGCUUUUAAUUGAAAUGGAAGACUGGAAAGGAGAUAAAGUAAAGGCGCACUACGGAGGAUUCACAGUGCAGAACGAGGCAAACAAGUACCAACUGUCAGUGAGCAAAUACCGAGGAACGGCCGGCAAUGCUCUGAUGGAUGGAGCUUCCCAGCUGGUGGGAGAAAACAGAACCAUGACCAUUCACAACGGCAUGUUCUUCAGCACGUACGACAGAGACAAUGAUGGCUGGAUAAGCACAGAUCCAAGGAAACAGUGCUCCAAAGAGGAUGGUGGUGGAUGGUGGUAUAACCGAUGCCACGCAGCCAAUCCCAAUGGCAGAUACUAUUGGGGUGGACAGUACACCUGGGACAUGGCCAAGCAUGGCACAGACGAUGGUGUGGUGUGGAUGAACUGGAAGGGAUCCUGGUAUUCCAUGAAAAAGAUGUCCAUGAAGAUCAGGCCCUUCUUCCCACAGCAAUAGGCUCCAGGUGUAGAUUUUUAUUCUUCUUAGGUGGCAGCAUUUUUUACACUAUGUUAAGAGAAUUGUCUUUCAUAUGUUGUAUCCCUAGUGUGACUUUCUGGAAAAAGGGGGUAGGAUUAAAAAUUAAACAUUAAAAAUGGCACACCA